AUGGGGACCCAAAAGCCGCGGAUUCUGCCCUGGCUCAUUUCGCAACUGGACAUGGGGCAGAUGGAAGGUGUUGCCUGGGUAGACGAGAAACAUACGCGCUUCCGCAUCCCUUGGAAGCACCGCCUACGGCAGGAUACGCAGCAGGAGGACUUCCGCAUCUUCCAGGCCUGGGCUGAGGUCAGUGGCGCCUACAAUCCCGAGAAGGAUAGGCCAGACCCACCUACCUGGAAGAGGAAUUUCCGGUCCGCUUUGAACCGGAAGGAGGUGUUGCGUGUAGCCGACGACCGGAGCAAGGACCCUCUUGACCCGCACAAGAUCUAUGAGUUUGUGACGCCAGGGGUUAAGGACUUUCUGGAUUUGGACACCUCUCCAGACACCAAUGACAGGGGUAGUGCCUCUGACACCCAGGAAGACAUUCUGGAGGAGUUACUAGGUGACAUGGUCUUGGCCCCCAUCCCAGAUGGGGGGGCCUUGGGCCUGCCUGUGGCCGCUGAGCAAGCCCCUCAGCUAUCGCUGAACCCCAGCGCAGACAUCUUUUCUCUCUGCCCAAACGUGGCACCCUCAGAAAACCCACUGAAGCAGCUGUUGGUCCCGGAGGAUGAAUGGGAGUUUGAGCUGACUGCCUUUUACCGUGGCCGCCAAGCCUUCCAGCAGACUCUCUUCUGUCCCGGGGGCCUGCGGCUGGUGGGGUCAGAAGCAGCAGACAGAACGCUUCCUGGGCAGCCUGUGAUGCUGCCCGACCCCGAGGUGCUUCUGACCGACAGGGUGGCCGUGCGCUAUGUGAGACAUGUGCUUAGCUCCCUGGGUGGGGGUCUCACGCUGUGGAGGGCAGGGUGUCAGCUCUGGGCCCGGAGGCUGGGGCAUUGCCACACCUUCUGGGCUGUGGGCGAGGAGCUACUCCCCGACAGUAUCCACGGGCCGGACGGCGAGGUCCCCAAGGACGUUGGAGGAGUUGUGUUCGACCUGGAACCCUUCAUAAAGGGUCUGAUUGCCUUCAUCAGAGGAAGCACGUGCUCACCCCGCUACACCCUCUGGUUCUGCUUUGGGCAGCCGUGGCCCCAAGACAAGCCGUGGAUCAAGAAGCUGGUGAUGGUCAAGGUAGUUCCUACAUGCCUCCGGGUCCUGCUAGACAUGGCCCGGGUGGGGGGCGCCUCCUCGCUGGAGACUGUGGACCUGCACAUAUCCAACAGCCAACCCCUCUCCCUCACCUCAGACCAGUACAUGGCCUACCUGCAGGACCUGGUUGAGGACAUGGAUUUCCAGGUCGCCGGGGAGGCCUGA